GAAGGGGGCGACACUUCUAUUCAGUCUUUACUUUUCCUUUCUGGGCACAUUCCUAGAUCGGAUCUCCUUCCCAAAAGUAGCAGUAGUGUGUGGAUAGGAGUGUGUGUAUGGGUUCCUGUGUGUUUGUUUGUGUGUGUAGAGGCUCUUGGGGGAGAGCUGAAUAGUGUAUGUGUGUGUGUGCAGUAAACCUGCGCCAUGGUGCUGAUGAUUGAGCACACAGAUCGGAUUUUCACUCCGUUAUCUCCGCCUGAAGGAGUAAAAAACAGUAGGAUCGACAAGAAAGACACGCGGAUACAAACAAACUUAGACGUAGAAAAUGUAGAGGAGAAGCUGAAGAAAAGUGGAAAGUCUGCUUAUGACCUUCAGGUGUCAAUUGACACAGAGUCAGAUGUGUCUGAGAGUAGGAGGAAGUCUCCUAUCCUGAGGCUUAAGCUGGCCGAACAAGCCUCAAUCUCACUCAGUCCACCAGACUCGGAGUCAAAACUAGAGAGGAAGAAAACACAGUACAGCCAAUUCUCCAAAGCAAACGCACAGUACCAUAAGCUCUUCAAAGAAAUAAGCAACGAUGAGAUCCUCAAACAAAGUUAUACUUGUGCUCUGCAGAAGGACAUUCUUUAUCAGGGAAGGCUUUUUGUCUCUGAUAACUGGAUAUGUUUCAAUUCCAAAGUGUUUGGCCGCGAUACCAAGAUUGCUAUCCCAGUUCUCUCCAUCACUCUUAUAAAGAAGACAAAAACUGCCCUUUUGGUGCCAAAUGCUCUUGUUAUCAGAACUAUAACUGAAAGGCAUCUAUUCGUGUCCUUCCUGUCCCGGGACACUACGUACAAGUUACUGCUCUCCGUCUGCGUUCAUUUACACGCAGAGAAUGCAGGCAGCACAUCGAUCGUGUCAUCAGCAGAGAACAGCUUCAGAGGCGACUGCCCUUCCUCGCUUCCUCUGGACUUCUCAGCUGAUUUUUCAGAUCUUGACGGAGUCGUGCGUCAGAGAAGGCAGGACAUGCUGGACACUAGCAGUUCAGGCUCCCAGACACCAGAUUAUGAAAAAAUGGCUGAGUUCCCUCCCUUAACUGAAAACUUCUUGGGCGUGAUGAAAAGUGGUGAGAUGGCAGUCCAUGCUGACAUUCAUCUGCAGAGCUCCAGCACAAAGCAACACAAUGGUCCGGUUAAGGAUCCAACCGUUGCCACCCAGCAGGAGAGGUUUCUUUAUCCAUUGUCUCUCAACACUCUUCUAUUUGUCUAUUUGAUCUUGGUGUGUGUUCUCGUUAUGUCAUCGUGCUACAUGGCUUUCAAGAUCCUGGCUCUCGAACAGAGGCUGAAUUCGUUGGGAUCAUUGGGAGACUAUUCACAAGAAAACGCACUUUAUCCUCGACCUCAAGCAGCGGCCAGUGCAGAGAUCUACGGUGAGCUGUCCACAAACCUGUUCAAGUUAGAAAAGAUUCAGAAGAACCUGCGAAAGCUGCUUGAAGGGAGCUGAGUGUCCUGACAGAAGCUUUGUCUUUGUUAACUCUUCGGAAAGUCUCAACAAGAAGAUGCUUAACUGUGCAAUAGCCACACACCACACAGCCUUUCGCUCUACUCAGGAGUGCACACUCGAGUUUGUUUUUUUUACUUGAGUCACAGCAUGGCAUUUCAUCCAAGGCUAAUGGAGAGAGGGGAAAAAAUAAGCUUUAUAUUUUAGUACUGUAGAAUUGAAAAUCUUUAAGAUAGUGAGAAUAAAUGAGUCCCAAGGACUCGAGUUUUGUAUGUUUAACAUUUCAGAAAUAAAAUCUGAUUACUAAAAAUGUAGCUUUGUGACGAUUUGUUACAAUUUGUAAUUGUCAAUAAAAUAUUUAUAGUUUG